UAAAGCGUUUUCUGAAUGAAAAAGAAAUGUAACUAAAAAUCUUUUGCAAAAGAGUUAAGGUCUCAAAAAACAAUGGGUAGGCUGGGCAGAUCUCUCGUCGCUGUGUACGAAAGCGGAUAUGACGACAUUCGUUGACCAAAGAAAGCGCAUCAUGGCGCUCGGAUAACAACAACAAAGGAGUAUGAAGUACUGUCGUGCAGUUAUAUUUUAGUAAUGGUGCUACAAACUCUAAAUUAAUUUGCACGACUGUCCAGAUUUUUAGCAAAGACCCGACAAACUGCUGCUGAAUCUGUUUGCAGCAAUGCAUAAAAAGGAGCUAUUUUUUCAGUCAGCUAUCUAAGUCGUGCUUUCGCCAAUUUUAUAUAUUUUUGUUACAACCUCAUAAACGACGUUUUUCAGCGAGGAGAUUUUUAGGGACCAACAGUAAGGCAUGGAAAGCACAAUAAUGGAGGUAUCCAACUCAAACACAGCACCCGAGUCACUCCAGGCUUCUUCUGGAGAAAUGUCAACCAGUCAAUCCAGCACAGCUGGGACGUCCCAGUCUGCACCUGCAAAUCGAAAAAGACUUUUGAAAAGAAAAGCGGAUUCCGUUACGGAUAACAAAGGCAAAAAGAAAAGGAAAAAAACCGUAAAACGAACUAUAAGACCAAAUUACACCGUCCAGGAGGGAGAAGACAUGCUUUUGAUUAUAUCAAAUAUAAACAGUAGUGACAGCAUAUGGAAGCCCAAGCGGAAGGGAUGUAAGAAAAAGAAGAUACACGCAAAAGGCAAGAGUAAAACCUCUGCUAACAAAACGAAAAAAGCACCAGUAAAAGCGAAAACCCCAAAAGUCAUAGAGCAAGCUAUUGAUAAAAAUGUUGAUUUGGAGAGUGUUAAUGCUGAUGGCUUUGAUCGCUGGGGUCAAAGUUUGCCAAUAGAGGUCUUGGUGAAAAUCUUUCAGUUCGCAGUUCUCCAGGAUGGAGCCGUACCAUUUCUGUGCAGGGUUGGCAGAGUUUGCCGUCUAUGGAAUGGAGCUGCAUCCUCUCCAAUCCUGUGGCGUAGUGUGUCAGUUGGCUACUGCUGGAUUGAACCCGGUAAGAGUCAAUUACCAGGGACAGAACAGAAGAUUAGGAACACUAUAGACUGGCUAGCUGAAAACAGGUUGUCUCAGUUGAGAGAGUUCUCCCUUUGCCACUGGAAAAAACAUGUUGAUUAUGUGAUUCAGAAAGUUUCACAAUCAUGCACCAAUCUUCAUUCUCUCAAGCUGUCUUACUGCACGGGAAUGACAGAAACAGCCUUCCAAAACCUUGGUGCUCAAUGUCGAUCAUUAGAGAAUAUAAAUUUGCAACACUCAGAGUUUAAUGUUGAUGGUCUGGUGUCCUUCCUUGAAGCAUACGGCAACCAAAUAAAGAAAAUUUACUUCACACACAGCACCAAGAGUGACAAACUACUCAGUGCUUUGUCUAAAGGUUGCUGUCCUGAGCUCAUGCUGCUGGAGAUCAAUACUAAAUUAGAUGGAGGAUACUGCCAGCUUCCCAUCUGUAUUCAGGCUUUGCAGAUUGGAUGCCCUAAACUUCAGACUUUUAGGUUGAUGAAUGUCACUCCAGUUCCUAAAAAGAUCCGCAACACACCGAGUUCAACAUCUGGUUUUCCCAUGUUAGAGGAGCUGUGUAUUGCCACUUCCUCUCACUCUUUCAUGACUGACGGUGACCUGAACAAUGUGCUACAUGGCUCCCCCCACCUGCGUGUGCUGGACCUACGUGGUGGCUCUCGCAUCACAGCCACUGGCCUCUAUGCUCUGCCUUGUGAGAGACUGGAGUGUCUGUAUUGGGGCCUGUACUUCAACAGCAAUACCAUGGUAGCAUCCAAGAAAGGCAUACACAUGCUUGCCCACAAAUGGAGCAGCACCCUCAGGGAACUUGAUUUGGCCAACCAGCCAUUUUCAGAAGAAGACAUGGAGAUUGCCAUGGGACAUCUUGCACAUGGUGCUGGAGUCGAUUUGUUUCGCUCCCUGAACCUCAGUGGUACUAAAAUCACUUCAUCUGCACUCAGGUUACUAAUAAGCCAGUCACCAGCACUGAAGUACUUGAAUCUGUCUUCUUGCCGGUAUCUACCCAGAGGACUCAAACGAGUAUAUCAUGGUAGAGAAGACAUUCAGCUACUACUGGACAAAUUAGACUGAACAUGUAGAUAUUGCAGGAACUCUGAUAUUAAAUUCAGUUGUUUUUAAAGUGUACAAAAUGCAACCUCUCUCUCUCUCUCUCUCUCUUUCUCUCUGGGAUUUGUAUUUAAAGAUAAGGCCAAUUUUUCAGUUCAUGUAAGAUUUGCAACUACUUUUUUUCAUAAAUACUUGUUCAUCUUUACUACCCUAAUUUGCAACCAUUUUUCUCAUGUUCAUGUGCUGGUAUGCAAUAAAGGUUGAAUGUUAUGACUUUAUCACAAUGUAAACAAGCAAUGUUUAAUGAAAUGAUUACUGAUCGUUACUGACAUGAAAAUGACCAAAUAAACUAACGUAUUGCAA